AUGGCAAGCUCAAGCAAGAGGUACUCUGGCAAGGAAGUCGCUGUGCACAACAGCCGCGAGAGCUGUUGGAUCAUUGUACAUGGCAAGGUUUAUGAUGUCACAGACUUCCUGGACGACCACCCUGGUGGAAGCAAGAUAAUCCUGAAGUAUGCUGGAAAGGACGCGACUGCAGAGUAUGACCCAAUCCAUCCACCAGAUGCCAUUACGACUAACCUCAAGCCUGAGAAACAUUUGGGGAGUGUUGAUCUCACGACUGUGGAAAAGGUUGAGGUGAAAAUUACUGAUGAAGAACGUGCACGUCAACAACGCAUUGCUGCUCGCCCACCCCUUUCUGAGAUUUUGAACCUGCAUGACUUUGAGGCCAUCGCGAAAUAUACCAUGGCGGAGAAAGCAUGGGCGUAUUACUCUUCAGCAGCUGAUGAUGAAAUUACGAACAGGGAGAAUCAUGCUGCCUUUCAUAGGAUAUGGUUCCGUCCAAGAAUUCUCAAAGAUGUAACAAGAGUUGAUUGGUCGACAACAAUAUUAGGGCAGAAGUCAAGCAUGCCCGUCUAUAUCACUGCGACAGCUUUGGGAAAGUUGGGUCAUCCCGAUGGCGAGUUGAAUUUGACACGGGCGGCGGCGAAGCAUGGCAUUAUUCAAAUGAUCCCAACCCUUGCGUCAUGCUCUUUCGAUGAAAUCAUGGAUGCUGCAGCCCCUGGCCAAGUUCAAUUUUUCCAACUUUAUGUCAAUAAAGAUCGCGAAAUUACGAAACGCAUAGUACGGCAUGCCGAGAAACGUGGUAUCAAAGGUCUAUUCAUCACCGUUGAUGCCCCCCAACUGGGCCGCAGAGAGAAAGACAUGCGACAGAAGUUUGAAGCUGAAGACCCCUCGGAAGUUAGCAAGGCGGACCAAGGGGGUGUUGACCGCUCCCAGGGAGCUGCGCGAGCUAUCAGCUCUUUCAUUGACCCUGGAUUGAAUUGGUCUGAUAUGGCAUGGUUUAGGAGUAUCACUAACAUGCCCCUGAUCCUGAAAGGCGUCCAAUGUUGGGAGGAUGCACUCGAAGCAUACGACAUCGGACUUAGUGGCGUCGUCCUAUCGAAUCACGGUGGACGUCAGCUCGACUUCGCACGGUCGGGUCUUGAAGUGCUCGUUGAAGUUACCACCAAACUCAAAGAAAAACGUGGACUGUCGUUUCCCAAUGCGAAGUUCCAGCUCUUCAUUGAUGGUGGUGUCCGCCGUGCGACUGACGUAUUGAAAGCCGUUGCAUUGGGUGCUACAGCUGUUGGGGUUGGCCGCCCGUUCUUGUAUGCGUACUCAGCUUAUGGGCCUGAAGGUAUUGACCAGGCCCUUCAAAUUUUGCAUGAUGAGUUUGAAAUGAACAUGCGCUUGCUGGGGGCAUGUAGCAUAAAGGAAGUUAUACCAGAGAUGGUUGACGCCUCAAACAUCCACUUGCACAUAGUCUCUGUGCCUAGUGAUAACCUUUAUGAGAGCAACUACGAGCGACUUCAAGGUGCCCGUCUCAGAGACAUCAAGAAUAAGCUGUAG